GCUGGAGAGUGUCGCCUCCUGUUGAGCUGAACAGUUGUUAGUGCAGCCAACAGAUUGGUCGCGUAGAGAACCCGCUGAGAAUUGUAGCUGGAUAGAUCGCGGUACUUUUGGAUUCGUGCUUCUCAAUUCAGGAUGUCUUCGCUUAUUGGAAAUAUAGCAACUUGUGCCUUUCUACUGACGGUCUACACAUCGAUGGUGGCAGGUGAUUUCGAAGUGCCGGAAGCUGCCGAAGGAUAUAUAGGUCAAAGCACUACACUCCAGUGUAAACUGGAAGGCUAUCACAGAUGGUAUGUCAUAUCUUGGAUCCGAAGACGCCCAGACGGAUCCGAAGUUACGAUCGUGCGCUUACCGGCGGAUUCCAAGACACCAGAAUGGGCGACCGGCGUGGAUUACUCCUUUAAAUCUCGGAUCAGGCAGAAGAUUACGAUUGAGACGGAACUAACGGAAUUUACUCUUGUGUUGAGAGAUUUGCAGUGUUCGGAUCGGGGGAUGUAUGUCUGUAAAUAUGUGGGCACCUCGACCGUUCAAAAAGUAUUGCAUCUGUCUGUUAAAGUUGACGCCAUGCGCCCUUCUAUCCAUUAUAACUACCUGGUCAUAGAGGUUAACUCGUCCUUAAUUGUCGAUUGCAAGGCCAAGGUCGGAUAUCCACCCAAAAAGCUCACGUGGUUUUACAGGUCGAGGGGUCAUGACCGGUUCGAGGUGAUCCCAAACAAUCGACCAGUGAGAGAAAUUAAAAACAAUGAGUGCGAUAUCUACGCAACACAACCAUUGGAAAUAUUUGCAAAUACGAACGCAACACGCGUUAUAUACAGAUGUGCUUUCGAAGGGGAAUAUAACUGGAACAAUAUGUACGAUGAAGUUAGUGUGCGUUUACCAGCUGUAGAAGUCAAACCGGCAACGGAACGGCACGAUUGUAUGAAGACCGGAUCUUGUGCUAUGGAAGCAGUAGCAGAUGGCGAGCACAAUCGUGGAUCAUCUUCAACACUAACAGCAAGCCUUACAGUGAUGGUAUUUCUCUGUGCAGCAGCCAUGGUCGGCUUGUAAUACUAGGCGAACACAGCAACAUUACGCAUUCAUCAGCCCUAUCUCCAAGACAGGCACCCGGUAUCCUGAUGCCAUCAAUGGUACCACACACCGACUACCGACAUAUACAAGUUGGACGUAUCUCCAAGAUACGAUAUUGCCAACGAUUUUCCAACAGCAUGAAAAUUAAUAUUAUUUCGAAAUGAUUUACAGUGAAACCUUGUUAACUCGAACAUCUUUAAUUCGAUUAAUUCGAUUAAGACCUGUUAGUCCCUGCCAUAUAGUUAUCUUAUUUUGGUACUCCGUUUGUCACGAACUACUGAAAACUCGAUAUAUUCGGUUUUCCCGAACUAAGUAAGACGUACUACUGAUAACUCGAUAUUCGGUGUCUCAAGGUCCGAGGUAUAAUGUUUCACUGUAAAUGAUCAGGUGUAAUUGCCAAUAUUUUAAUUGUUUUAUUAUGUGGUCAACUUUUGAAAGAACAGCCAACUUCGAAAGAAACUUCGUUAUGUCCGGAGUGUGUAAGUCUGAACAAUAACAAUGAUAUCUUUGCUGGGCAUUAAGAUUUAAUUAGCAAGAGUCGAUCACAAGUUAUUUCCAACUUCCUGGAAUUGGAACUGGCUAUUCAGGACAAUCACAGUUAGCAUCACUACGGGGUAAUAACAUGAAAUUCAGGGAGAGACUAUUUAAUAUUUGCUUU